AUGACUUUAAAAUUACCUUUCAAGCAAAUGGAUGUAUUUACAAAUACUCGCUUUAAAGGCAAUCCAGUGGCAGUUGUAAAUUGUUUAAAUAUUGACGAAUCUGAAAUAUCUGAUGAGCAAAUGCAAUCAAUUGCUACAUGGACUAACCUUUCAGAAACAACCUUUCUCUUUAAGCCUACUUUACGCGAAUGUACCUAUAAGUUGAAAAUUUUCACUCCAGCUAAUGAAUUACCCUUUGCUGGUCAUCCAACAUUAGGAUCGUGUAAAGCUUUUCUACAAUUCACUAAUGGUAAUGAAAUUAAAAAUGUUAUUAAACAAGAAUGUGGCGUCGGAAUUGUUAAUUUAACAGUCGAUGAUGGCAAGAUUUCCUUUGUGUCUUCUUCUAAUACUUUUGAACCAAUCAAUGACCAAAUAGUUGAAGAAAUUAGAUGUUGCCUAGAUACUCAAUUUAUUGACACACCUCUGUUAUUACAUACAGGCCCUGAAUGGAUUGUUUGCCAUGUUAAAGACGCACAAACUUGUAUUGAUCUCAAACCAGAUUACCAGAGAUUAAGAAAUAUAACAAAAAAAUACGGUUAUACAGGUGUGAUUGUUGGUGGUGCAAAAAACAAUAGUAACAUCAAAGAAAAACUAUCUUAUGAAAUGAGGGCAUUCGCUCCAGGGAUUGAUGUUCCUGAAGAUCCAGUAUGUGGUAGUGGAUCGAUUGCUUUAAUAGCUUAUUUGCAAGGGUUAUAUAAAUUCCAAACCCCAAUGAACGUUGAUAUUACACAAGGCCAAUGUGUUUCAAGAAAAGGUGAGAUUUAUUCCUCUAUUUCAUUUGAUGAGAAGGGUAUUGCUAUCUUUUCUUCCGGUGGCUCUGCUCUAUGUAUCAUCGAUGGUACAAUUAAUAUCUAA